UGAGACUGACACAGACUGACUGCCUCCGUCAUGUCAUACUAUGAGCAUAUCUUCUUUGAAUACGACUACAAUGACACAGGCUCAGGUUCUGGUUCUGGUUCUGGUGACCUGGGGAUAGAUCUCGAGGAGCCCUGUGAAGUGGAGCACGUGAUGACUGCUGACCUUCAGCAUGUCUUCUUGCCUGUGGUCUACGCCCUCAUCUUCACCCUGGGCAUCACUGGAAACGGCCUGGUCGUCAUAGUGCUGGGCUGCCAGCGCAGGUCAAAAUGCAGCCUCACAGACUGGUACCGCCUCCAUCUCUCAGCAGCUGAUCUCCUCUUUGUUCUGGCACUGCCGUUCUGGGCCGUGGAAGCAGCCCUGGCUGACUGGCGUUUCGGAGCAGCCACCUGCGUCGGUGUACACGCUAUCUACACGGUGAACCUGUACGGCAGCGUGCUCAUCCUAGCAUUCAUCAGCCUGGACCGCUACCUGGCGGUGGUCCGAGCCACGGACACCAACACCGGUGGACUGAGGCAGCUGCUGGCACACAGACUGGUUUAUGUGGGCGCCUGGUUGCCUGCUGGCCUCCUGGCAGUGCCCGAUUUGAUAUUUGCCCGGACUCAGGAAGGAGGAGAGGGUGCCACUCUGUGCCAGCGAUUCUACCCUGCAGACAAUGCUCCUCUCUGGGUUGCAGUCUUCCACCUCCAGCUGGUCCUGGUGGGUCUGGUGAUCCCGGGGCUGGUCCUCCUGGUGUGCUACUGUGUCAUUGUCACCAGGCUGACCCGAGGCCCUCUGGGGGGCCAGAGGCAGAAGCGGCGAGCUGUCAGGACCACCAUCGCAUUGGUUCUCUGCUUCUUCGUGUGCUGGCUGCCUUACGGAGCUGGCAUCUCUGUGGACGCUCUGCUGCGCCUGGAGGUCCUGCCCCGCAGCUGCAGACUGGAGGCCGUCCUGGGCGUGUGGCUGGCGGUGGCUGAGCCUAUGGCAUUUGCACACUGCUGCCUGAACCCGCUGCUGUACGCCUUCCUGGGGGCCGGGUUCAAGAAUUCGGCUCGUAGAGCCCUUACACUGAGCCGAGCCUCCAGUUUGAAGAUUUUACCAAGAAGACGCCCCGGCGCCUCCACGACCACAGAGUCCGAGUCCUCCAGUUUACAUUCCAGCUAGUGUUUGUUUGUGCUUUAUAUAUGUUUAUACUGUGUAUAUAUAUGUGUGUAAGGACAUUUACACAAAGUAUCUGAGAAAGUAAGAAGCAGUCUGCUGGCCCAUGACUUGUCUUCUCCCUCACUGUGAGGUUUCUCUUGUAAAUACUGUUAUAUGGUUUGUUUUCAGUGCUGCUGUCUUGUUGUAUACUGUUGCAGAUGUUUGUAAUAAAAUAUACAAAAUACC